GUCCAGGCGUGUUGUGUAAACGCUGGUUUUUUUCUGAAUCCUAAAUUCCGGCGCAAGCUCUCCGGGAUUUUACAUAUCCGGAUCCACGAUUUCACCUGGGACAUGCUGAACCUCCUGCGAAGGCGUCCGGCGUCCGUGCCCCUCAUCCGGGCAGCGUUCAGCGCUCCACUGCACACGUCGGAAAACCGGCCGGGUUACAUAGUGCUGGUCCCGGAGAUCGGCGAGGAGGGUCCGCUGGGCGAGGGUGUGCUUAAGCCGGAUGGACUGCCCGCCUUCAGUGACAUCACCAUCGAAAUGUGCCUGGGCGCCAUUGGCCAGCAGGCAUCGGCGGUGGAGAACUCGGUGAAGGCGUUGGAGAACGACCUGCACAGUGGCAAGCCGCUGGACGCCAGCGGCAUCUUCCGGGAGCUGGACACAGUCACGGGGCCACUGGAGACGACGUGGGGCGUUGCCAAGGCUCUGUACCUGGGCAACUCCACUCUGAUUCCCACCAAAUCCUACAUGAACAUCCACGAACGCGCACGAAAUGCCCGUGCGGCCAAGUUCUGCAACCACACUGUGUACAAGGCACUCAAGGAUGCUUCCUCCGAGUCCGGACCGGAUGAGCAGCGGCUACGUCAGAAGUUCCUGCUUGAAGGCAAGCUAAACGGGCUCACUCUGGACAAGGAGAAGCAGGACGGUCUGAAGGAGCUGCUCACCCAUUUGGGCCGCGAGAGGGCCAGCUUUAAAAACAAAGUCAACAUGGCAGUGCACUCGUUCGGUCAAGUGAUCACCGAUUUCAACCUUGUAAGGGAUUUCCCGCCUUCGCUUCUCGAGGCAACCGCACGCGAUUCCAACCAGCCCCUGCAGGGUCCCUGGAAGAUUACGCUACAGCCUCAAGUGGUGGACGGGUUCCUCAAGUACUGCCCAGAGCGACUGCAGCGCUGGAACGUUUGGAGGGCCAGCGUGCUAAAGGCCUCUUCGACACAAGAAAAAUCCCUGGAGAACAGCACGCACUUGGAGAAAAUCCGCGGAUUGCGCAAGCGGCAGGCCAAUCUGUUGGGCUAUGCCAACUUCGCGGACAUGUCCAUGCAGACCAAGAUGGUGGGCAGCGUCGACAACCUGAAGCAGAUCUUCGCCAAGCUACUGAAGUUCGCCGGCCCUGCUCAAAGUGUGGAGCUGGAGAAACUACAGAGUUUCGCCCAGGACAGCGGCUGUGACUACAAGCUGGACGCCUACGACGUGGCCUACUGGCGCCGCAAGCAACUGGUGGCGGAGCACGGCCUGCAGGAACAGAAGAUCAGUGAGUUCUUCCCACUGCCCCGCGUUCUCUCCGGAAUGUUUGCGCUCAGUGAAAAACUCUUCGGCAUCCAGAUAGUGGAGCAGCCCAAUGCGGAGGUGUGGCAUCCCGCAGUCAAGUUCUAUGAUGUUUUCGAUGCUGAUUCGGCUAAUAGCUCCACUCCGGUAGGAGGCUUCUAUGUGGACUGCUACUCCAAGGAGCACAAGUUCGGCAGAAACAACGGUUGGAUGGUGGGCAUAAGGAACAGCAACAAAUCAGCAGGACUUACGCCCCUCUGCGCCCUGAUCUUCAACUUCUCGGAGCCGCAGCGAAAUCUGGCGGAGGGCAGGCCUCCACUCCUGGGUUAUGAUGACCUGCAGAUGCUGUUCAAGACUUUCGGAAGCGGACUGCAACACCUGCUCACCCAAGCGGGUUACAGCGAUUUGGCGGGUCUUUCAAACAUUGAGUGGGAUGCCUCACAGGUGUCCGGUCACGUGAUGAGCAACUUCCUCGACGACCCCACAGUGAUCCGAAGCCUUUCCGGGCAUUUCAGUAGUGGAGAGCCCCUGGAAGCCGAGAUCUCCCAAAAGAUGCGACUGCUGAAGACCCAACUGGCUGGAUAUAAUCUCUGCCAGGACCUGUACUUGGCAGAUCUCGACAUCGAGCUGCACCGUUCGAAUGCCUUUUGGCUGGAUAUUGUUCGCAAACUGUGGCCCGUGUACCACUGCAUGCCUCUGGACAAGAAGGACGCCCAUCCCUGCUCUCUCACGGACAUUUUUGCUGGGGAUUGGGCGGCCGCUCAGUUCAGCCACUUGUACUCCCGCCUCAUAGCCGCCGACAUAUCGAGCAGCUUUGCUGAACAGCAAACGGACGAGAACUACGCGGUCGUUGGCCGACGCUACAAACAGACCUUCCUCAGCUCCGGCGGAUCUGUGCCCACGGCGGAAGUGUUUCGCCGCUUCCAGGGUCGCGACCCGUCCGGUGAGGCGCUCCUCAAGGCGUUAGACAUUUUCGAACCCUCCCAGACCACGGAUAACAAUUGAGGGUCAUGCUCUGACCCGCUAGAACGUUAUCAUUUGUGUGUAGUCAACUGAUAAGCCUGAUCGAUGGCGGCCUUGGGUGCUCGACCUAAUUGACUAACAAUCUUAGGGGAAAGUAAUCUUUGGAGUAUUUGAAACAAUUUUACAAUAGGUUGAAGUAUAAUUUGUUAAAUAUUUGUUAAUUGGUCGAGAAAUACAUGUACUUAUUUGAAGGAAGUAUAAAUAUUAUUUCUCUGAUUUGAAAUAAAUGGUAAAUUUUAAA